CGUUCGCGGCCGCCGGCGGCAGAGCGGAGAAGGCCAGCCGGCCGCCGGCCCCGAGGACCCCGGCGGCAUGAGGGGGGAGGAGGCGGCGGCAGCCGUGACGGUGCCCGAGGCGGGCCGCGAUGGCGAGCAGCCCCGGCCGCCCGCAGGCCUGGGGUGCGCGGCGCGCGGAGAGCCGGACGGCGGCGGAACCCAGGAGUCCCGCAAGCAGUGGAAGAAGUUUUUAUAUUGUGAACCACAUAAGAGAAUUAAAGAAGUACUCGAAGAAGAACUUUAUAUUAAAAGAGAUGAAUGCCACAUUAAACAUCCACCUGCAGUGGCCUUGGAAGGGAUUUGGAGCAUUAAAAGGAACCUCCCUGUGGGAGGCUUGAAGCCAGGACUGCCGAGCAGGAACAGUUUACUGCCACAAGCCAAGUACUAUUCGAGGCACGGAGGCCUGAGAAGAUAAGAUGAACAACUUUUCCAUUGAGAAGAAACUUCUAUCUCCUGAUGUCACAGAAGAAACCCAAGCUUAUUUCACAGCUUAGAUGUGUACAAAAAGCAUAUAUUAGCCUGUAAUUCCUAUUAUCGGUAUUAGUUCCUAUCUGUAAAUUAAUUCAAAGCAAUGAAAGACUAUUGGUAAAGUUUGCUAAGCACCUGAAAACAAUGAAGGAAAAUAUUAUAUUUAUUUUUAGUUGUCACAGUUGGAAUACAUUGGAUGUCUAAUUCAGCUUAUUUUAUUAAACAUGCCAAAUAUGAUAAG